AUGAAUCAUAGUAUUAUGUCAAAUUUUCAUGAUAAACCAUCAGAAUGGUUUCGAAUAUUUAUUAUUAUUUUAUUUAUAAUUAUUGUAUUUAUUGGUUUAAUUGGUAAUACUCUUGUUUUAUUAUCUGUUUUAACAAAUCAUAUUAAAAUUCGUCGUUCAUCAACAAAUCUUCUUCUUGUUAAUAUGUCAUGUGCUGAUUUAAUUAUUCUUAGUUUUAAUAUAUUUGAUAUAAUACAAUUUUCAUUUGAUCAUUCAUGGCCAACAGCUUGGUAUCUUGGUUUAUUUUUAUGCAAAAUAAUACGUUUUUUUCAAGUACUUGGUUGUUAUGUUAGUGUACAAACAUUACUUGUUAUUAGUAUUGAAAGAUAUAUUUCAAUAAUUCAUGCCGUAAAAAUUUCUCAUUCUAAUCGACGUAAACGUCUUUUAUUAAUAUUUAUUGUAAUAUGGUCUAUAGGAAUUAUAAUGGCAUUACCAAAUUUAAUUUUACUUACAUUACAUCCACUUUAUAAUCGUUCAGAAUAUUAUAUAUGUGGUUUAUCUGAUCAUUAUACACAUUCAUAUUUUGUUUUAUUUUAUAAAUAUACUGAAUCAAUACUUUUCUAUUUUAUACCCAUAUUUGUACAAGUAAGUUAA